CCUUGUGCCGCCUGGGCUGUUUCUACUCCUCACCCCCAGCGCGGCUAAGUUCCUUGCCGACUGUGCGGUUCGGGGACCGUCCUUCUCCUUCGGAAGACGCCACAAAAUGGCGGUCUGGGGGGGCGGAGCCACUGUUGGAGCUCGUGGGGCGCUGAGUCCUCUCCUCAGGCGGCCGGGCCUGUCCCGGGAACCGCGGAGUUCAGUGGGGACCUCUACGCGUCGUUAUGGGGCAUGGAAUGCUGGACCCACCAACACCCAGGGUGCAUAUGGAACUGGUGUGGCCAGCUGGCAAGCAGGUUAUGAAAACUACAAUUAUUAUGGUGCCCAGAACACCAGCGUCACCACAGCAGCAACCUACAGCUACGGCCCAGCCUCCUGGGAGGCCACCAAGGCCAAUGAUGGCCUAGCCGCUGGGGGCCCUGCCAUGCAUUUGGGUUCUUAUGGUGCAGAGCCGUGCACUGACAAUUCCGACUCACUUAUUGCCAAGAUCAAUCAGCGUUUAGACAUGAUGUCCAAGGAAGGAGGCAGGGGUGGGAGCAGCGCCUGUGGGGAGGGCAUGCAGGACCGGGACAGUUCCUUCCGCUUCCAGUCAUUCGAUUCCUACGACUCCAGGCCUUGUCUGCCCGAACACAAUCCCUACCGCCCCAGCUAUAGCUACAACUAUGACUUUGACCUGGGGCCUGACCACAAUGGUGGCUUUGGUGGUCAGUACAGCGACUGCCGGGACCCCUCCCGUGAGCGGGGCUCACUUGACGGCUUCAUACGGAACCGAAGCCAGGGUCGCUUCCAGGACCGGAGCAACCCCGGCGCUUUUAUGCGCAGUGACCCUUUCAUGCCAUCAGCUUCCUCUGAUCCCCUGUCUGCUCCCUGGACUGAGCUGAACUAUGUGGGUGGGCGGGGUCUGGGAGGCCCCUCCCCCAGCAGGCCCCCACCUUCCCUUUUCUCCCAGUCUAUGGCUCCCAAUUACGGGGUAAUGGGCAUGCAGGGGACCGGAGGUUAUGACAACUCUGUGCCCUACAGAUGUGGCCAGUCACAGACCCGGAUAAAGGAUCGGCCCAGGUGGAGAGCGUUUGACCGCUGUGGCCCAGACGGCAUGAGCAGGAAACGGAAGCAGUUGCAAAUCUUCAGUGAACCAGAUGCCAAACAGGCCCGGGCUGACAGCGAAGGAGAUUUUUCCGAAAAUGAUGAUGGAGUUGGUGACUUCCGGUCAGGAGAUGAAGAAUUCAGGGGUGAGGACGAAUUCUUCGACUCCGGGAGGCAGAGAGGAGAGAAGGAUGAUGAGGAUGAUGAAGUGAAGAAGAGAAGAGAAAAGCAAAGGAGAAGAGACAGGAUGCGAGACCGAGCAGCUGACAGGAUUCAGUUUGCCUGUUCAGUGUGCAAGUUUCGUAGCUUUGAAGAUGAAGAAAUCCAGAAGCAUCUGCAAAGCAAAUUUCACAAAGAGACACUGCAAUUUAUAAGUACCAAACUACCCGACAAGACUGUGGAGUUCCUUCAGGAAUACAUUGUAAAUAGGAAUAAGAAGAUUGAGAAACGGCGUCAGGAACUGAUGGAGAAGGAAAGCAUGAAACCAAAACCAGAUCCUUUCAAAGGGAUUGGCCAGGAACACUUCUUCAAAAAGAUUGAGGCUGCUCACUGCCUGGCUUGCGACAUGCUGAUUCCUGCACAGCACCAGCUCCUGCAGCGGCACCUGCACUCUGUGGAUCACAAUCACAACCGCCGGCUGGCUGCUGAACAGUUCAAGAAAACAAGUCUCCAUGUGGCUAAGAGUGUUUUGAACAACAGACAUAUAGUGAAGAUGCUGGAAAAAUACCUCAAGGGUGAAGACCCUUUCACCAAUGAAGCUGUCGAUCCAGAAAUUGAAGGAGAUGACAAUUUAGGAGGUGAGGAUAAGGAGGAGACACCUGAGGAGGUGGCUGCAGAAGUGUUAGCGGAGGUGAUUACAGCAGCAGUGAGCGCAGUAGAAGGAGAAGGAGUGCCCCUUCCAAAAAAUACUGAAAUGCUGGCCGAAGUAAAAGGCCUCGUGGAUACGGCAGAAGCCACUAGUGAACAGCCACUGGAAGCAGACACACGCUGUGAAAUGGCAUCUAACAAGGAGAAUGCUGAAGCAGAGGCCAGUGGUGAAGCUGCCCAGGCUGCUGAGGCUGAAGAUGAAGCAGAGGCAGAAAGCACCAUAACAGUCACUGUUCCUACCCCAGCUGCUACAAAAGCUGAAGUGGAACAAACUGAUGCAGAGUCCAAAGAUGUUAUUUCCAUAGAGUGAUACUCUCUCCCUGUUUCAAGGGAUGUUUAUAUGAUGCAUUGCUCUUUCUCCUUUGGUUUAUAAGCAGUACUAGGGUGUGUGUACUGGAAUAUGCUGAAAACUUGUUUUGGUGAAGAGACCCAGCCAUUUCCUUCAGAAAAAUGUACCUCACAGGCUUGUCUUAUAGAGUUGUGUAGCUUUCUGCCUCAGUUUGAAGGCUGCAGAAGUAUUGUACAUUCCCCCAAGCAGCUGUGCUCUCUCUACAGUUGAAAUAAUAAAAUUUGGGUAAUUAGAUUUUGAUAAAGCUUUGCUUGUUAAAUAAAUACAGCCAUUAGUUGAAUGCCGAUGAUGAUGAUGAUGAUGAUGAUAUUGUCUGGGAGCAGCUCAUUACUAGGAUACACCUUGCUUUAUGAUGGGCUUUUUUGUUUGUUUUUAACUUUCAAGAAUUUAUUUUGGCAUCAGUUUUUGAUUCCUGCUUUUGUUGUCACUGAAUGGUGUGUGAUCCUCACAAGAUGUGGCAGAAUCUUGUUAACACAUGAUGCUGGCUCUAUCACAUCAGUGAACUCUCAAAGGCCUGUUGAAUCUGACACAACUUCACCACUGGAAACACACCUAGUGGCCCCUCAAGAAUAAGACACUGACUAGGGAGUUGUUUUCCAAUCUUUAAUCCUUGGUGAAUCACCUUCAGAAUUUAUCUCAUGUGUUCCAUCUCUGCAUUACUUCAGGGUUUCCUCUAUAAAUUGAAGUAUUUUCUCUAAGACAUUUAAAAAGAAAACUUGAUGUCACUCCCAUGAAUGGAAAAACCAAUAUAAGUUGCCACAUAUAAGAUGCUAUGUGUAAAAAAUUAAUAUAAUGGAAUAAACAUUUAUUUUAGAUA